CCACGGCGAUGGGACUGCAAGUCCCGGCGUGUCCCGCGGCGGGGAUCCCCGGUGACGCGCGGGGGCGGGCCGGGGGCGGGGCGGCGCGUGGGGGGGGUCCCGGUACGGAGCCGUCAUGGCGGGGGUGUUCGACAUCGACCUGGAGACCGAGGAGGGCAGCGACGGGGACGAGCCCGAGCUGGGCGCCGAGAUGGAGCUGGAGCCCCGGGGCAACGGCUUGGAGCCGGUGGGGCACUAUGAGGAGAUCGAGAUCUCGGAGAGCAGCGUCAACAACGGCCCCGAGCACAUCGGGCCCCACUGCUUCGAGCUGCUCCGUGUCCUGGGCAAGGGUGGCUACGGCAAGGUGUUCCAAGUCCGCAAAGUGCAGGGCACCAACACGGGGAAGAUCUUUGCCAUGAAGGUCCUGAAGAAGGCCAAGAUCGCCUGUAACGCCAAAGACACGGCACACACCCGGGCCGAGAGGAACAUCCUGGAGGCUGUCAAACACCCCUUCAUUGUGGACCUCAUCUACGCCUUCCAGACGGGUGGCAAACUCUACCUCAUCCUGGAGUGCCUCAGUGGUGGCGAGCUCUUCAUGCAGCUGGAGCGGGAGGGAAUCUUCCUGGAGGACACUGCCUGUUUCUACCUGAGCGAGAUCACGCUGGCGCUGGGCCACCUGCACUCCCACGGCAUCAUCUACCGGGACCUCAAGCCAGAGAACAUCAUGCUCAACAGCCAAGGUCACAUCAAGCUGACAGAUUUUGGGCUGUGCAAAGAGUCGAUCCACGACGGGGCCGUCACUCACACCUUCUGCGGCACCAUCGAGUACAUGGCCCCCGAGAUCCUGGUGCGGAGCGGGCACAACCGGGCGGUGGACUGGUGGAGCCUGGGAGCGCUGAUGUACGACAUGCUCACAGGAUCGCCGCCCUUCACCGCUGAGAACCGCAAGAAGACCAUCGAUAAGAUCCUCAAGGGCAAACUGGUGCUGCCACCCUACCUGACACCUGAUGCCAGGGACCUGCUCAAGAAGUUCCUCAAGAGAAACCCCAACCAGCGGGUUGGGGGGGGCCCGGGCGAUGCAGCCGACGUGCAGAAACAGCCUUUCUUCCGCCACAUCAACUGGGAGGACCUGCUGGCCCGCAGGCUGGACCCCCCCUUCAAACCCUGCCUGCAGUCGGAGGAGGACGUGAGCCAGUUCGACACCCGCUUCACCCGCCAGACGCCAGUCGACAGCCCCGACGAUGCCGCCAUCAGCGAAAGUGCCAACCAGGCUUUCCUGGGCUUCACCUACGUGGCCCCCUCGGUGCUGGAGAGCAUCAAGGAGGGGUUCUCCUUCCAGCCCAAGGUGCGCUCCCCCCGCCGCCUCAACAGCAGCCCCCGCACCCCCGUCAGCCCUGUGAAGUUCUCGCCCUUCGAGCCGUUCAAGGCGGGGGGGGGCAGCGAGCCGAUGGAGCUGGGGGGCACCUUGCCGCCCCCCCCCCACCGCGAGGGCACGGCCCCCCUCCCCAUCAAGACCUCCGUGGGUGCUAAGAAGCAGAAAGGGGGCCGGGGGAGGGUGCCCAGGUAGGAGUGGGGGUGGGGG